AUGAGCGGCGCGCAACCUCGCCCGAGAGUGUCAUCAUCCGCCAUCUCGGUAGAAAGACUGACCCCAAAACUGCAACCCGCGAUUGACGGGCUAGCUAGCUGCUGCCAUAACCCUCCUGGGUCGGUUGAAGAAGCAUCCGGAGCCACCGAACAUCUCCUUCUCAUACACCAUACGCUUAUCGACGACCACCAACCUCAAGAGGCAAAGAGCGUGUUUCGUCAGCUCAGAGGGUUCGAAAGUGUGUUAGGACUCUUAAAACACUUGGCAGAUCUAUACAAACCAGACACGAUAGGGGAUGCAGACGGGAAGCUACUUCUGUCAAUUGUUAAAGAUUCCCUAUGCAUCGUUGCGGAAAGUUUGAAAGACGAUCCGGGAAACAAACGAUAUUUCGGCAAACGGGAUAAUGGGGCUGGAAUCAUCGCGUAUGAACGCAUACUCUCAGACCUGGCUGGCAAAUUGAAUAAAACUCAGGAUGUCGAACUCCUUUAUGGCGGCAUUUUGGCAGCUGGUCUGGGAAAUGAAACCAUGUCACAAUUCUUCUCAACUGUCAGGAAAAAGGCUGAAGACGCUGAGUCAAACACCUUGCCUUCGCUCUCUGAGCUGGUUAACCUCACUCUGGGGACAGGGGAGGUUGUAGAAAACCCAGAAUUUUUCGGGCCAUUAUUGCGAUUAUGGCUGGCACAAACGGCUAAACAAGAGACCUAUCCAAUUCUUCGACUCUCGGUUCCACUAUGUCUAACUCGUCUUGCUUCAUUAUCUCAACGGAAUUGUCUAGCUCUCCAUUCCACAGGCAUUCUCUCUCCGCUUUUAACCCUUGUAACAGUACCUGAAAGAUCAAAAGAUGAGUUAGAAGCAUACCUAAAACUGGCCACAAUUUUAUGCCAGCAUGGCGUUAACUCCCUGCAGGAUGCCAUACAACUUUACCAAAAAGCCCAAAAAGUACCCCAGGUUUCCAGGUUCCUAUUAGAUGCAUUGAAAUCUUCAAAAAACCCUCCUUGUGUGCACUUUGACCUUUCAUCCCAUGGAUAUAGCUCGAUCGAAUUGCCAACUUUGGGGAGACCAUUUCCCUCUAUUACCUCUAGCGGUUAUACUCUAACCAUCUGGGCACGAGUUGACAAAUUCGAACCAGACACCCAUACUACCCUGUUUGGUGCCUAUGAUGCUACACAGACAUGCUUCGUUUUAGUCUACCUUGAGAAGGAUACUCAUAACCUUAUUUUACAAACCUCAAUUAAGGGUAUGAGACCCAGUGUUCGUUUCAAGGCCACGAAAUUCCUACCUGGCCAAUGGUACCAUAUUUGCAUUGUGCAUAAACGGCCCAAAACGCUGUCUUUAUCCCGUGCACUCCUUUUCGUAAAUGGUGAAUUUGCAGAACAGCUCAAAGCGGAUUACCCGGUUGUACCAAGACUUCGUAUGAACCAGAAGAAUCCUCAGAUUCAAGCAUUUUUAGGAACUCCUCGGGACCUUGCUGUUAGAGUUGGGAAAGGUGUAUCUUCCUCGAAAUGGUCUCUUGCCUCUGCUAUCCUAUUUGAUGAAGCUUUCAAUGAUGAUCUUAUUGCUGUGCUUUGCCAUCUUGGGCCUAGAUAUUAUGGGAACUUCCAGGAUUGUCUAGGUUCCUUCCAGACGUACAGGGCGUCUGCUACCUUGAAUUUACGCAAUGAGAGCCUCCAUGCUGGCAAGGAGGACCAGUCAGACAUUGUUUCCGUCAUUAGACAAAAAGGCAGCAUUUUGAUUCCCGAAAGCUCUGUCUUGCUCAAUAUAUCACCUACCUCAGUUAUGGAUGAUGAUGAUACCAAUAACAUUGAUGAAUCACAAUUGGUGAAAUCACUCUCAAAAACUGCUGGCAAGAAUUUGACUCAACUCACCAAGGUCAAAGGCAAUUCUAUUGUCAUCAAUGGAGCAGUUCCCGCAAUUAAUGAAGCCCUAACACAACCUCACGGAGUUGCAAUACUCACGGGAGAUCCGGUGGUUAUUGUCCCGCAAUCUCUAGAUGAUGUGAGUUGGCGAAUUGGUGGGUGUGCAGGCGUUCAUCUCAGCUUAGUUGAAGCAGCAACUACCCGCGAAUCGCUUCAUUUUGCUCUAGAACUGUUCUUUGAAGCUGUUCAGGAUAACUGGAGAAACAGUGAAGCCAUGGAAAAGGAGAAUGGAUACGGUAUACUUGCCAUGCUCCUGCGUGAAAAACUCGGGUUUUCAUCACCUGUGCAGAAUUCUCCUUUAAAAACAAGUCCAGUGUGCAGCACUACACAAGAACGCAACGAGGCAUCUAUGGAACUUUUACUACCCAUCCUCAGAUUUGUAGGAUAUGAUUUUGAGAACCCGAAAAAGUCCUUAAUAAUAAAUCCAUUGGCAUACCGGAUCCUGUUAAUAGACCUGGAUAUAUGGAGGCAAGCCGACCUGCCAUUGCUGGAGAUAUACUAUUCCCAGUUCCGAACAUUUUGCGUGGAGAGUCAUUACCACAGGUUCAAUUCAAAGCGGUUGUCCAGAAUGCGUAUGUUCACCACCCUUAGCCCUUUGCUAUUGGAAAACAUGCUAACCUUGUAUGUGUAG